GCUGCUUGUCACCUCGCUAGUGGCUAAGCUAGCUAGCUCUUCCCUGCCGCACUCCGUCCAUCCGGACUUUGGACCGCCCUCUCCGCGCACAGAUGGCCGGGGUCGCCCUCAGGUGUUCGGCUCCCUGGCGCUUUGUCAAGCUAAGAAGAUUCUCCAGUAUUCCCAGUCUGACGUUCCACACCUCCGCCUCUCCGAUGAUGGCAGCCACGGAGGAGCAGUUUGAGCAGGCCAGGAGCAGAAUGUCCUCGCUGAAGAAGGACCCGGGCAACGACGUCAAGCUGCAGAUCUACGCUCUGUUCAAACAGGCCACUCAAGGUCCCUGCAACACCCCCAAACCCGGGAUGCUGGACUUCGUCAACAAGGUGAAAUGGGAGGCGUGGAGGUCUCUGGGCUCCGUACCACAGGACGAAGCCCGGCAGAAGUACUGCGACCUGAUUGGCUCCCUGGUGGCGGCGGAAGGCGGGAGCGCCGCCCAGGAGGCCGCAGUGCCUGCUGGGAGCGGGCCGACGUACGAAACGCUGCUGGUCACGACGGAGGAUGACAUCACCACCAUCAAGCUGAACCGCCCGGCCAAGAAAAACGCCAUCACCACUGAGAUGUACAACGACAUCAUUGAGGCUCUGAAUCAGGCAGCCAAAGACGACUCGGUCCUCACAGUUUUCACUGGCGCCGGUGACUUCUACUGCAGCGGAAACGACCUCUCCAACUUCACCAACAUCCCCGAGGGGGGGGUGCAGGAGCAGGCCCGUCGGGGGGGGGAGCUGCUGAGGAAGUACGUGAAGGCCUACAUCGACUUCCCCAAGCCGCUGGUUGCCGUGGUGAACGGACCGGCUGUAGGGAUCUCUGUCACGCUGUUGGGACUGUUUGACCUGGUGUACGCUACGGACCGGGCCUCCUUCCACACCCCCUUCAGUCAGCUGGGUCAGAGCGCCGAGGGCUGCUCCUCCUACACCUUCCCCAAGAUAAUGGGCCCCGCCAAGGCCAGCGAGAUGCUGCUGUUCAACAAGAAGCUGUCGGCGGUUCAGGCCUGUGAACUGGGUCUGGUCACCGAGGUUUUCCCCGACAGCAGCUUCCAGACGGAGGUCUGGACCCGACUGAAGGCCUACGCCAAGCUGCCCCCCAACUCCCUGUCCUUGUCCAAGCAGCUGAUCCGGGCCACAGAGAAGGCUCGUCUCCACCAGGUGAAUGAUGCUGAGGUGGAGCGCCUGAUGGAGCGAUGGACCUCAGACGAGUGCUUCAACGCCGUCAUGAGCUUCUUCCAGGCCAAGGCCCGACUGUGAGACAGGAUGUGUCCGUCCACCGGGACGUUGGGGUAGUUUGACUCGUCGUGAGGACGGAGGAUUUUAGUUCCCUGAGGAUCUCGCUUUGUUUCUUACAUGUUGAGCUACUAACAAAUGUCCGUGUCGUACGAACACAUGAAGCUAAAGCUUCUUCAGCCGCGGCAACGUCUUCAGAUUGUGCAAUAAUGUUGAUUUAUUCAAUGAGGAAAAUGCUGAUUAUUGUCCAAACUCUGAAUAUUGAUCCACUAUCGUUUUUUGAUGAAAUAAAUGAAAAUGUGAAUCUGAAAAAUAAAAACAUAACAACUUGG